AUGCCGACCGACACAGAUUCCGAACCGUCCCUCUCCUCCCAGUCCCAUCCAUCCAAGUCCUCAUCCUACUUCACCUACCCCGUAACAUACGCUGUAUCUGGCCUCCUUCGCCGCUUGUCAACCGAGCCGCAUAAUUCCAGGGAGAAUUCCUCUGGAACGCCCAGUCUAAGCCAGAGCCUCGACAGUAUGAACGGCGUCUACACUCCCCCGCGGCGGCACGCGUCGCCAUUCCAGCCUCCUCCACUCACUCCACUUACCUUGAAGGGCUACAAAUCCAACACGACACAGUCUUCGAGGCUACUAUCAAAAGCUCUGGCAGAGGAGAUCCGGUUACUGGUGCCGCCGCGAUUACAACUAGUGGACGACUGGAGCCUGAUAUACAGCUUGGAGCAAGAUGGCGUGAGCUUAGCAACACUAUACGAGAAAUGUGAUGAGUAUAGGGGAAAGAGGGGUGGUUUCGUGCUAGUUGUUCAAGAUGGGGACGGUGGAACAUUCGGAGCAUAUCUCAACGAGUCCCCCCAUCCAUCGCCGCACUUCUUCGGCACUGGCGAAUGUUUUUUAUGGCGCGCCCACAUCCUCACGUCUAUACCGACUACAUCAUCUCUCCCGCCGCCUCCUAGCGCCGAUACCACCAAUGCACAACGAAUGGCGACAGUUGCACACCCCAAACCUGCGAGCUCGCUGAGCCCUCAUUCUUCUGUCCAAGGGAGUAGUCGGAGUGGAACAAGUACACCAGAGAGAAUACGGUUCAAGGCGUUCCCUUACAGUGGGGUGAAUGACUAUUUAAUAUUCUGCGAGCAAAGCUUCUUCAGUGUUGGGGGAGGGGACGGUCAUUAUGGCUUAUGGCUGAAUGACAACUUGGAGAAGGGAGUGUCAAGCUCUUGUCCUACCUUUGGGAACGAACCAUUAAGCUACGAGGGUUCGAAGUUCGAGGUAAUGGGAGUUGAGCUUUGGUAUAUUGGCGCAUGA